AUUGUCGGUGGUGUAAUCAUGCUCGCGGGUGGGGUGAUGGUGUGGAGCCGAGUAUUUGUUGGAACUUUAGUGCAGACGAAAUUCUGGAAGAAACAGGUUGCACUUGAUCCACAACGAGAAUCGUACGACCGAAUAGCCCAGUUGUUUCAAACUGUGACCAGACCAGUUGGCAUUGUGCUCUUCGUGAUUGGCUUCCUUUUGUCCUUGAGUGCAAUCAUCGGCUUCGUCGGUAUCUAUCAUCUCCGAAUGAUGAUUUUUGUGGAAGCAAUAUUGGUCGGAGUGAUUGCUUUGGGUCACAUCAUUCUGAUGAAUGUGUAUUUCAGUAAUCGAGAAGUGUUUCUGACGCGGAGCUACGACGAGUUGCAGCAUCUUGUCAGGAAAUACAAAUCAAUAGAAAGCAAUGAAAAAGAUAGUUGGACACUUGGGCUCUUUAUGUCCAUGCUCAACUGUUGCGGUUAUUUGAACGGAGACGACUUCAAUGCCAAAGGAACACAGUUUACGCGACGAGAUCAUUACCUUGUUUAUGACUACCCAAAUAUUCGGUACCCACUUCCCUGCUGUAAGAGAAACAACAUUGGACAAAGUGCUGACAGCUGCCCACAAGUGUUUAAUAGUUCAAACAGUAAUAUUAGAGUUGGCUGCAAGUCGAGACUGUACAACAAAACAAUACCAUUGCUGAACUUUAUAAUUCUGGGUUCGUUUGGAGUUCUUGCGUUGGAGGGGCAACAUGUCUCGUUCGCUAACUGGCUCCUGGACAAUGAAGAAAUCGUUCCCAACAUUUUAUGGAGCGAUAGAGCAAAUUUUCCUGUGGAUGGCAUAAUCAACAAGCACAAUUGCGUGACAUGGUCCCAUGAACCUGCUCAUGAGUACCUUACCCAUAAUCUCCAUUCCCCCCAUUCUUGUGUGCGGAUGGGAUUCCCCUCAAAGUUUCUUCUACGUCCCUUUUUCUUUGAUGCUACAACUUCCGGCGAAAGUUACCGCUAUAUGAUGCAGACGCACGUUAUCCCGCAACUCAAGCAGCACGAGAAGUCAUCGACCGUCUUUCAUGAUGACACUACACCCCACUACUCAAACCAAGUGAGAACUUACCUCUGA